UGAGUGGAGGCCAGUGGAGGGAUUGGCAGAGGGGGGUGGAGGACACUGAGUGGAGGCCAGUGGAGGAUUGGCAGAGGGGGGUGGAGGACACUGAAUGGAGGCCAGUGGAGGGAUUGGCAGAGGGGGGUGGAGGACACUGAAUGGAGGCCAGUGGAGGGAUUGGCAGAGGGGGGUGGAGGACACUGAAUGGAGGCCAGUGGAGGGAUUGGCAGAGGGGGGUGGAGGACACUGAGUGGAGGCCAGUGGAGGGAUUGGCAGAGAGGGGUGGAGGACACUGAAUGGAGGCCAGUGGAGGGAUUGGCAGAGGGGGGGGUUGGCGGAGAUGGAGCGGUUGGAAAGGUGAAUGAGUCUGGCUGCCGU